AGCCUCGCGCGCGGCGUUCUGUGUGAGAAAGAGAGAUGCUAAGCUAAUGGUUUGGAAGCAGCGCUCACCACAGGACACCGAGCCGCCUGGCGCCAUGAUGCUGUUUUAUCGUUUUCACUAGCAAAAUAGAAUAUUUUGAUAAAUCAUUUUUAAUCAGUGACGCGGCAUACAACACUAGCUACCGUUCAGUGUGUCUAAAAUUAAUGAGAAAAGACUUUAGAAGAAUAAACAGCAGCAGGAGGAACAGCUAACGUUUCAGGUAUUAGAUUUUUGGGUUAAACUUUUGUUUAUAUAAGCAUUUUUCUCCCAGAGUUUAAAGAGAGCACUGUGUGGGUGAGUCAGAAUUUGAAAUAGUUUAGUUUCCUUGAAUUCAGACAGCAGGCAUAAGAGGAGCGGACAGUCACUGAGAGACACUGGACAUCACCUGUCAGGACUCAGGAUCUUCUCUACGGAUGUUGAUGGAGAGGAUUUCGAAUGACAGCCGGAACAGUGGUCAUCACAGGUGGAAUCAUAGCUGCCGUCAUCUUAUUGACUAUUGUUGCAGUGCUGUGUUGCUGUAGGCUGCAGUAUUACUGUUGUAAGAGUGAUGGGUCAGAGGAAGAGAAGGAGGAGCAGGAGGAGGAGAAGAAGUCUGACUUCAUCAAACCUUUACCCAGUCCAGCACAUUAUUCAAACCCUCCGUGUUUUCCACGACCACCAAGCCCUCAGAGUCCUUCAAGAUUUAUGACUUUACCAAGCCCACUGAGUGUUCUAUCUUUUCCAGAACACUCAUCUCCUGAGCAGCUCCUCACAACCGCAAAGCUUCACAAGCCUAAUGGGCCGGCCAUCUGCAGACACUAUAGCCCUGUUCUAACCCCUGCCACCAUACCCUCCUAUAUGUUCUGCCCUUCAUGCUCUGGUUUACUGCCAUUCUACCUGCCGCGAGAGCAGUCAGUACGGAAUGGUGGAGGAAGAGUCAGCUACAGGAGCUUAGAGGAGCAAGAGAUAGACCUGCCUAUGGACAUAUCAAGCUUUAACGAGCAUAAUCUCAUACGUUCUGUUACCAUGAGGGAGGUGGUGACACACCAGAGCAUCAGUACUGAUGUGUGAUUCCUUUGUUGUGACUUCUAGAGCAGUGUCACAGUGCUUUUGAUCUGAAAAGGAUUGAAAUAUUCUAAAGGAGUUAAUAAGAUAAUACAAAAAGGGAACAUGAGUUAUGUUAUGGAUUGAUGUAUGUAUAUGUAUUUUGUGUUAAAAAAAAAAGUAAAGUACUGUGCAAAAUUCUAGAGUCAAGCCUCAUUUUAUAAUAUUGAAUUAAAUUAUGUAGGUCAAAUUAAAGAAAUAGAAACAAAUGUUUUACUGUGACAGGCUACAAAUUGCAUAAAGAUACAAUUUUUAAAAAUUAUUGUUUAUGUAGCAACCCUAGCAGCAACCUAAUUUCCCCUCCCCUCUGUUUCAACCACUCAGCAUUCAGCAUUAGCAGUAUACUAAUCACUGGCCUGCAUCAUCUUCAUCUGUUUCUACUGGUUCAUACCUUACGUUAGAGGGGGUUUAUGCUUGAGGGACAAAAAAAGUCCUUAGGGAGAACUAUUUCUCAAGACUACAUAAAAAGUACAAGGAUGUCUGGCUCUUUGGAACCAACCAUUUCUGUGAAGAAAUGAGGGGUGGCUCAUGACUUCUGCACAGUAUCGUAUGAGCAUGUUUUAAUUAUGAAAUUGUCAUAUGUUUUUAUUACAAGACUAAUUAGCCUCUCAAGUAGGUAAGUAGUUUAACAGUUAAAGAAGUUUAUCAAUAAUAAUUUUAGCAACAGCUAUUAGUGACCAAGGGCUUUGAUAAAUAUGUUUUUUUAAGAACGUUUAUUAUAAACAAAUUGCACCAUAUGAUAUAAAGAGCUUUAUUGAUUUCUUUUUUUUACAGCCAGUGCCAAAAAAACAAGUCCAUUGAGUCAUCAUUAUCAAGUACAGUGAAACCUUGGAUUACAAGCAUAAUUUGUUCCGGAAGUGGGCUUAUAUUCGAAAACACUCUUAAAUCGAAUUUUCCCAUAAGAAAUAAUGGAAACUCAAAUUAUUGCUUCCACAGCCCAAAAAAAAAAUGCAUUAAAAUAAUUAA